UUAACCAGAUUGACACAUUGACAUCUGACCUGCAGCUGGAGGAUGAGAUGACAGACAGUUCCAAAACUGACACGCUGAACAGCAGCUCAAGCAGCACAACAGCGUCCAGCUUGGAGAAAGUCAAAGUGCGUGCCAAUGCACCUCUCAUCAAGCCCCCAGCACACCCAUCUGCCAUUCUCACUGUACUGAGGAAACCCAAUCCACCACCACCUCCACCACGGUUGACUCCUGUGAAGUGUGAAGACCCUCACAGGCCAGUUCCUUCUGCCAAUCCUGUAAAGACUAAUGGGACCCUACUUCGAAAUGGAGGUUUAUCAGGAGGACCAAACAAGAUUCCUAAUGGGGAUGUAUUUUGCAUACCUAAUAGUAACUUGGACAAAGUUCCAAUGCAUCCUCUGAUUCAUAGACCUGAUAAACACAGGUGUCCUCAAACAGGAACACGGGAACGAGUGCGAUUUAGUGAGAAAGUGCAGUACCAUGGCUAUUGCCCUGACUGUGAUGUUCGGUAUAACAUUAAAAACAGGGAGAUCCACUUACAUAGUGAGCCGGCCCACACACUAGGAAAGCUUCCUCACCAAUGUCCUCCUUUACCACCGCCACCUCCCCCUCUCCCUCCAUUGCCUCUAGAAAAUGGAGGGUUGGGAAUAAGCCCCAGUAAUAGCUUUCCCCCUCUCAGACCUGCAACUGUGCCUCCACAAACUGCACCAAAACCCCAGAAGACCAUCUUGAGAAAGUCAACCACUACGACAGUGUGAUGUAUGCCACUUGAAAAACUGUUUGUUUUUUUCCUAUAUAUAAACAUGAACAAAUAGGUAAUGAGCACUUUCUACUCAAGCAAUAAAAAGCCCAAAUAUAUUACAUCCUGUGUUCAGUGAAGUGGCAUAAAAAUCAUAUGAUCAAAGCUGGGGAUAAAACCUGGUUCAAAAACUGCAGGAGAGUAACAGUGUUUUAGCAUCUAGUCUCUGGAGUGGAAGGAUGCAAAAAUUGGAGAGCUCCUUCAGGCUGGAAGGAAUAUCUACAUUUGGGGGCAUAUCAGUUUUUCUUUGAUGUUGGAUUCGUCAUUGUUACUUCUUGCUGGCCAGCUCUGAUGAAAGUAACCUGACCCUCCUUGGAGCAUGGAAGCCCUUAGAGUCAGAGCACAACUAAUUACUGGUGUAAUCUGCAUGAAACCAUCUGCCUCAGAUCUGACAGCUAUGAGCUGAGCCCUGACAAAAGCCACAGCCUUAAAUUCUACUCACUCGUAAAGAAGAAUAAAGUGGACUAAAUACCUUGCCCCAUUACAGAAACAACUGUCUCCAAGCCUGACACUUGAGGAGUUCAGUACUGAGCAAUUAGAGUAACAAACAAUAAAUCAAUUUUUCAUGCAGUCCAGCCAGCAUCCAAAAAAUAUUUAAAUAUGUAGCCAAAAGGAAACAUGAAGCACUUAAGUGAUUGCAGGAAAAGCAAUGCAUGUACUACAACAGAGGAAUAUUGCUAUUUGUGGGGAAAGAAGACCUCUGCCAUCCCUUGUACAUAUUCAAAGCCAUAGAAGAACGUAGCAUCAGUGAUGCUAAAAUGCUUGAAAGAAUGUUGUCUCCUGUUCUCCACCCAAAUCAGAAGAAAAAAAAUUAGCUGUUACAGAUUGCAUCUCAAUGCACUUCUAAUAUUUGCACUGUCACUUCCAUUCAGGGUAAUGAUGUGUGCCAUCAUUUGCACAGAUGGCCCCAUGAGAUUUUUAGACUGCAACAAGCUGUAUCUUGCAGGGGGUCCAAAAGGAAUUAAAAAGUAAAAAGCUGAAGAAAAGGAAUGCUCUCUUACAGUGAGGAUUUCUCUCCACAGGAAAAUAGUCCUUCUUAAGAUUAAAAAAAUAUGUAUAUGAAAAAAGCAUCGAAGUGAUAAAGUGGAUUUAAAAAGGGAUCUAAUAUUUUUUUUAAUAAAAUUCAUUUUAUAUCAUAGUAACAGCCAAGAGAUUGAACCUAUUGAACUAUACACCCAGAAUGUUCCUGCUGGACAUUGACAGUAUCCUCCUAGAAAAUAUGAAAGAAAAAAGUCAUUUGUAAUAUGUAUUUGACAUAUAGUAAUUUUUAUAACCAUUUAUCUAUGCUUCAUGGAGGAAUGUAAAAGACAAACAAACAGCAUUUUCAGUUUAUUUUUCUAAAUAAAUGUGUUGUUUGUGUUAUUUGCAGUCACUUAUUUUAGAUGGUUUUCAUUACCCCAAAAAAGGAUUUA